UCAUCUCGCGAGAAGUGAUCCCCGUCGGUAACAUUGUACGUGGCUCGGUGGUUCAGGAAUAAAUACAAUUAUAAAAUAUACAUUUUACACAUAUCUGUUGUUAAUGGCUGCCAACGAAGGUCCAAAUUAAUGACAUAUUGCCACACAGAAGUGUAUUUUAAGGAUAGUUGUGUUGUAAUACUAGUUUGGACUUAUUAGACUCCUGGCAGAGUAGCUGUAAAAGGGGCGUUUGUUGCUCGUCCAGCAGCCUGUCAGCGAGUCCUGUCAUGGCGGAGAGCGUCUCUUCGGGUGAAUUCUCCAGCUCUCUGACGAGCUCUGUGCUUCUCCUCCCGCCAAGGACUCGUAUCUUCAAAAUCAUCGUUAUCGGGGACUCGGGGGUCGGGAAGACCUGCCUCACCUACCGCUUCUGUGCCGGAAAGUUUCCAGAGAAGACCGAGGCCACAAUCGGGGUGGAUUUCAGGGAGAGGCUGGUCGAGAUUGACGGCGAGAAAAUCAAGAUACAGCUGUGGGACACAGCAGGCCAGGAGCGUUUCAGGAAGUCCAUGGUCCAGCACUACUACCGCAACGUACACGCCGUCGUCUUUGUCUAUGACAUCACCAACGCGGCCAGCUUUCGCAGCCUGCCCGCAUGGAUCGAGGAGUGUAAGCAGCACGCUUUGGGAACCGAGGUGCCCAGGAUCCUGGUUGGAAACAAGUGCGAUCUCCAAGACUUUGUUCAAGUGGGAACAGAUGUGGCACAGCAGUUUGCGGACUCUCACUCCAUGCCUUUGUUUGAGACUUCUGCUAAGAAUCCCAGCAGCCUGGGGGGCAUGAGCUCUGGCAACAGUGACCAUGUGGAGGCCAUUUUCAUGACUGUGGCUCACAAGCUGAAGUCCCAGAAGCCUCUGGUGUUGAGCCAGCCUCCCGUGGGAUCUGGAGGCAGCAUCAACCUGAGCAGCAGGAGGGAGGACGGAGCCGAUGGGUCGCGGGGAUGGACCUGCAGCAGCUGCUGAUUUGAAAGGACACAACUAAAGCGGAGGAUCAUGAGGACAUGAAAACUUCAGAGCCAUAAAAGCAUGCUUGAGCUUGCAUUCAUUAUGGCAAUUGUUCUUUGGGUUGAAUGACGACUUGGUUAUUGUGCUGAAAUGAGAUGCAACAACGUGAUCAUAAAUCAAUUCAAACUGUGGGUUUUGCUCUUUGGCCACUGACGAGCUUUCGUCCGAUUCACUGCUUUCUAAAUGCGUGAGUCAUGAACCAGUCAUUCAAACCUCGCAAGUUUUUUACUCAUUUGGGACCUCUGUUAACUUGUUUACUUACCCCUGCUACUGUUAGCUAAAUUAAUAAAAGGAAAGCCGGUAGCAUGACAUUAGUUGUGCAAUUACUCUACUCUAACUGUAUUUAUAUAAAUGUAUUAACCCUGUGGAAAAAGCAACACAUCUAAACCUUG